AAUCAAGAUGCUUCUUGUCUAGUAUUUAAGUCAAGCAGCGAGUCAUUACGGUUGAUGCGUCCAUGAUCCAUCAAUGUAAAAUGAUUGGUGAGAGCAAGUUGAUUGUUUUAAAAGAAAAAAAACGUAGAAUAUGAAGAAGACAGGUGCAAUUAACAUCUUCAAUCAGGAUCUUGUUUCUUUGAAAAUGGAGAAGGAAACAGGAGUUCAGAUUCCUAGAGUGAAAUUGGGCAGUCAAGGAUUGGAGGUGUCUAGAUUAGGCUUUGGCUGCGGUGGACUGUCUGGAAUAUACAAUGCACCUCUUUCUCAUGAGGAAGGAAUUUCAAUGAUAAAGGAAGCUUUCUCUAAGGGGAUCACCCUGUUUGACACAUCAGAUCUUUACGGCCAGGAUCAUGACAAUGAGAUCAUGGUUGGGAAGGCUUUAAAGCAGCUUCCUCGAGAAAAAGUUCAGUUGGCAACAAAAUUUGGAGUUGUUCUUUCAGAAGGAUUUAAAUUCGGGGUGAAAGGGACCCCUGAAUUUGUCCGGAAAUGCUGUGAAGCUAGUCUCAAGAGGCUUGAUGUGGAUUACAUUGAUCUUUACUACCAGCAUCGUGUGGACACUUCGGUGCCAAUAGAGGAUACUAUGGAUGAACUCAAGAAGCUUGUAGAAGAAGGAAAGAUAAAAUACAUUGGUUUAUCUGAAGCUAGUGUGGACACAAUAAGGAGAGCUCAUGCUGUUCAUCCUAUAACAGCCUUACAAAUGGAGUGUUCCCUGUGGAGUCGUGAAAUUGAAGAGGAUUGGCAUAUAAGCCCACUUGGUCAUGGUUUCUUUGGUGGGAAGGCAACUCCAGAAAACUUACCUACUGAUAGUUUGCUGCAUAAGCAUCCAAGAUUCAGAGGGGAAAAUUUAGAGAAGAACAAAGUCUUGUACACUCGAUUCACUGACCUGGCUGCAAAGCAUGCCUGCACUCCUCCUCAGUUAGCUUUGGCCUGGCUUCUUCAUCAGGGAGAAGAUAUAGUUCCCAUCCCUGGGACAACAAAGAUUAAGAACCUGGAAAACAACAUUGGAUCGUUGGCAGUCAAGCUCACAGGGGAAAACUUGAAAGAAAUCUGUCAUGUUGUGUCGGUUGAUGAAGUUGGUGGUGAAAGAGUGCAUGACUCUUUAUCUAAUUAUACAUAUAAGUUUGCCAAUACUCCAAAAAGGGCGAGCAAAUGAAAGAAAUUAAUAUCCCAAGUGGGAUCGAGCGAGCACUUUCUAGUAAAACAUCUCUACAUUCCUUAAUGCUGCAAACGAGAAAUUAUGUACUUUGUAAUUUUGCAUAAUAUGAAAGUUUCAGUUUGAUUUACGUCAUUUAUAUAUGCUUCUCUUGUGUAAUUAGACAUAAUGACUUCGUUUUUCUGUGCCUAAAUUCUACAAUCCCAAGUGCAAACAUGAAAUCAAUUAAAUCCCAAUUCCCCUG